CCCUGUUUACAUCCCUGUCAUUUGCAGUGUAUUUGUGUUUUACGAUACUUGUAACUGUACAAAAAGGCAGCAUAGGACCACAGUGGCGCUGUGAUAUUGAGAGGUCAUACAUUUUUGAAAAAGAAAGUCAACCAGGAAUACAGGAUGUCUGAAGAGCUGUCCCUCAACAUAAACAUCAAGGAGCCAAGAUGGGACCAAAGCACAUUUAUGGGGCGCGCCAAGCACUUCUUCAUGGUCACAGAUCCUAGGAACGUCCUGCUGUCCUCUGAGACUUUGGAGGAGGCCAGAGUGACCAUGGAUAACUACAGAUCUGGGAUUGCUAAGCCUGGUCUAACAGAGGACGAGCUCUGGAGGGCCAAGUACAUCUACGACUCCGCCUUCCACCCCGACACAGGAGAGAAGAUGUUUGUGAUUGGCCGGAUGUCUGCUCAGGUGCCAAUGAACAUGUCCAUCACAGGCUCCAUGCUCACCUUCUACAGGACGACUCCGGCUGUGGUGUUCUGGCAGUGGGUUAACCAGUCCUUCAACGCUGUCGUCAACUACACUAACCGCAGCGGAGACGCACCCAUGACCGUGAAUCAACUCGGUGUAGCCUACGUCAGUGCUACCACUGGAGCUGUAGUCACGGCCCUGGGCCUCAAGUCUCUAGCUUCGCGUCUGCCGCCGAUCGCCAGCCGCUUUGUCCCCUUUGCGGCUGUCGCUGCUGCUAACUGCAUCAACAUUCCCUUCAUGAGACAGAGGGAGUUGAAGUACGGCAUCCCUGUGAUGGAUGAGAAUGGAAACCGUUUAGGAGAGUCGGCCAAUGCUGCCAAGCAGGCCAUCGUGCAGGUGGUGGUGUCCAGGAUCGGGAUGGCGGUGCCAGCCAUGGCCAUUCCGCCUGUAAUAAUGAAUUCUCUAGAGAAGAAAGCCUUCUUGAAGCGGUUUCCAAUUCUAAACGCUCCAGUCCAGGUGGGGCUCGUCGGUUUGUGCCUGGUGUUUGCAACUCCUUUGUGCUGCGCCCUCUUCCCACAGAAAAGCUCCAUGAGUGUGAGCGGGCUGGAAGAGAAUCUGCAAGAGAGUAUUCGACAGAACAGUCCCAACACCACCACCGUCUACUUCAACAAGGGCCUGUAGGACCAGCCAACACGUCCACAUUCACACGCACAAGACAAAGACACACACACACACACACAUGCUAUACAAAUCCAGUGUGCUGUGGACACAGGUUGGAGGGAAAGAGGUAAAUUUAUUUGUUUCUUUUUUUGUUGUCUUUGUCUUUGAAUUGAUAUGCACAGAUAUAAAAGAGUUAGGGUGUUGACUGAAGGGAAAACCAAAAUGGGAGGACGAUUACUAACUUUUCUCACCGUACAUAGAUGGCACUUCCUAUAAAAGAAAAACUGACUCUUGUUUGUUAUUUGUUAUUCCUGUUGUUUUAGGUUUUAUGUCUUCCUUUGGUCAAAACUGCCUUUAGCGAGGCAGCACAUGAAGUUCUUGAUUUGUGUUUCAUAUUCAAAUAUUUCAUGUUUCAUUCAAUUCAACAUAAGUCCUCUGGUUAAUUAUUUGUUACUCCAGCUUCAAAUGAAGGCGUGUGCUUGUGAAGCGUUUGUAUAGUUGCUUUUUGAAUGUAAUUUUGUUUUCGGGGCUUGUACCCGCUUCUUUCCAUUAGAUUCAAUUUCUGGCUAGUCAGUAUUCUGUUGUAAAAAGUAAUAUUUGAAGCUAUUACAAAACUGACUAAAGUACAUGGAAAUAUUCUCCACCUAUUCAUUUCCCCCUUUUUUGCUCAACCAUGUAGUUUUAACAAAAAUCCUGACUUAUCAUCUUUGAAUAGUCCACGUCUUUGUUGUACUUCUUGUUAACCGGCGCAGCUUCUUGCACUCUACAUCAGUAAAGAUGGAGUGUGCUAUUCAUCAUCAUAAACACGUACUGUUGCUAUGGAAGGAUUGGCUUGUUUUUUAAAGGCCUUUUAUUUUGAGAGUUAUCACCUGGUGCAGUCGCUAUCUAUAGUGGCAUUUUGAUGAAAUAUUAUUGUUGUAGUUGGUGCUUCUUUGGAAAUUGUCAAGUGGAGGGAUAUAGUUUUUCUAUGUCUAAUUUAAUGUCCUUUUUUAUGCAACAACAAGCCAGCGAUAUGCAAAACUGCUGUUUGCAUCAGAGCCACUGAUGUCCGAUUGUACCAAACAAAAUUAGCUGACGUUGAGUUGCAAAGUCAAAAUACUAAACGCUUAUUUCUAAGUACUAGCGGGUAACUGUGCAUAGUCUUUGUUGUGUCGUUGAGUUUGAGCUUCUCAGACGAGUUUAAUUCAGAGAAGAGAACAAUUCACAUUGUUGCACAAGCAGAUGACUGUCCUGUGUGCUUACUUAGUGAUGAUUGUGAACGUGAGGACAUGUACAGUGCUGUUUCUGUGGAUUAUGCAAGAAUAAGUAUAUUUUUCUUUGAUAUAUAUAUAUAUAUAUAUAUAUUCUAUAUGACAGAGCACAUAUGCAUGAAGAAUGUUAGGGAGUUUAACUUCAGUUGGCCCCACUUAAGCAUCGGAAGACAAUGUCAGCUGCUCGUACUAGAAGAGCACUUAACCUGUUACAGCGGACGCAAACUACCGCCUAUGAUUCGAUGUUUGUGCAAAGUCAUGUUUUGUGUGUGUUGCUCAUAAAAAAUAUUACUUCAUAGUAACAUUGUUCAAACUUAAAUUCACCUCCACCCAGCUUCUGUAGUCACUCGAGAUUGUGUUUCAGAAAAUUGAACGUAUAUUUAAAGUAAACUGUGUGUUUAGGGACUGUAGCAACUGCCCUGUUACCAGCUUCCAUACAGAAAGGCACAAUUAUUGUGUUUGUCAUACUGAAAUUGUGCUCUGCAGACAAUUUCUAUAAACGCGACCCCACUUCCUCAAAUACCGUUUUCAUUCGGCUCCUCGCUUCUGUAUGACAAUAUGAAGGUUUUUGUAUUAUUUUUAAAUAAGACCAAUUUGAAUGAUUGGUCUUAUUUUGGAAUGAAAGUCUUCUUUUGACGUUUACGUUACUGGUGCCAUUUAAACACUGAGGCCCCAGACAACAGCUCCUGUUUGAGCCCCUUCCCUCCCUUACACAUAAAGACACCAUCCCAUGCACUGCAGGACAGUGCUUCAGUUAUAGUUGACAUUUGGCUGUAUCUUUAGGACAUACUUAUCGUGUUGUGUUUGGGGUGUUUAUCCACUGUACAACCUCUUGUGGUGCUGCUGUUGGAGCUAGAUGGAUUUCUGUUGCUGCCUAAGUGGAGCUUCUGAAGAUUGUUUGUAUUGAAGAUUGUAUUUGUUUAUGGUGCUGAAUGAUGUUAAAUGAACUUACUGCUAGUUAAUAAUCGAUUCAAUGUCUGGUGGUUUUCAUUGCUCAUAACAAAGUUGCUUCCGCAUCAGCUUCUGCUUUUUUCCUUUGUGUCACACUAAAGUGUCAAGAACAAAUAUGAAGGUUUUGGUCAGCAUUUAAAUACAUUUGUAUGUGUAAAUCUCAGCUUGUGACUGCAACACGUUGCACCUGUAGAUCCAGCCAAAGAUGAGACAGGUAUGAUAAAUUACUACAAUAAACAGGAUUCCUCACAACACCUGUAGACUUUGGCGCGCUGGUUGAAAACCCAAUAAUUUAGCGAAUUAAGAACUGAUUUUGCAUAACAUUGAGAAACUGUAAAAUCUUUGGAGAUUGAAAAUGUAGAGACAAUCUGUUAUGUUUAACACUCCAUGAUUGUUAUUUUUUUUGUUAUGUACAGGUUACACACACAUAUACAUACGUCAGUGUUCUCUCUAUUUUGUAUUGUGAUUAAAUUUAUUUCCCUGAUGUCGAAUGUAUUUUACUCCGAGCAAUAGAAUAAAAUGUUGAAGUCCAAA